GCGUGAAAGAGAAGGAAACAGGAAGCUGAACAGAACCUGGAAACGCAUCGGCGUGUUGUAUUUAGAGCAAAGCGACAUGGGUUUACUGAUGAAAUGUACAUUUCUAACAUCAUGCCUAUUUGUAGGAUGGUCAGUUACAAUAGUAAAGUGCUCCACUUACCCGCCGGAGGUGCGUGGCGAUGGCGCACUAAAUGCGCCUUCGCCGCCACUCGACUCUGAGUCACCUGCUUUGCAGGCGAGGAGUUUGGGAUUCUUCUACUCUCUCAGUCUCUCAUCUACCUUUCCAGAUGACUUGGAGGUUAACGAGUAUUGCAUCGAAAUGCUUCACGUUUUUGGUCAACGCUACGUGGCGUACGCGAACUGUUUAGUGUCUUAUGCGCGACCAAUAAAAAUCUGUCAGAACUGUUACACUGGUUUCAACAGUCUGGUGGAAAUAUAUACAAAUAUAUCAUCUGAUCAGCUGGGCCCUGGAAAUGUCAGUUGCCAUGACAGCCUGAUGCGUUCUGAUAGACUGAUGCUGCUCUAUACUCUCUUCAUCAAAUUAGAUGAGAUCUGGACAAUAGCGGGAUGUAAGCAAUGUCUAAAUGAAAAUCAAGACACUCUGUCCAACGACACUAUUUACUUUAUGGCCUCUCUAAAUCUGUCACUUACUUGCUUUGAGAAAUUUCAGGGGAAUCACUCUGAACUGUGUAAAGACUGCAAACUGUCAUACAAAAGGUUGAAUGAGCUCUAUGGCAAAAUGGAGGAAAACCAAACACUCUGCAUCGAUAUAGAAGAUGCAAUGAACAUGACAAGACGGUUGUGGAGUAAAAACUUCGGCUGCUCGGUCCCUCGCGAAGAGACUGUUCCUGUCAUCGCGGUGUCCUGCUUCAUGCUCUUCCUGCCAAUCAUCUUCUACCUAAGCAGUUUCCUGCAUUCAGAACAGAAGAAACGCAAGCUUAUACACCCUAACAGAGCCAAGUCCAGCAGCAGCCUAAUGAAUAUCCAGGACAAAUUCAGCUGAGUAAAGAAGAGGCGGCUGGGGUGAAUAGGCACUGAAUCACUCACCUCUCUGAUCACCUCUUUCACUGAACUAAAAGGCACUUUCUGUAUAGGUGGGUGGGGUUCACUCCGAACACAUCGAACACACAUGGAUUAAAGACUUGAUGGUGGUGUCCAGAUGCUGUCAUGUUCAAUUAUAUUAUUUAAGCAGGAUUGCACUAUGAAUUUGAAGAUACCUGUAACAGGUUUAUUGUCCUUGACCUGUUACAAAAGAGGUAAUUCUACUGCCAUUGAUGGUCGACAGUAAUUUUAAUAUUAUGAAGUAUGUUGGAUGAUAUUAUUAUUAUUGUAUGUACAGUUUGAAAGAACAAGAGACUGCUAAUGCUGCCUUUUUGCACAAAGAGAGAGUGUUACAUUUUGUAUUUUUAUUUUGCUAGGUAAUACUGAAUUUACACAUGCACAACAUUGCAAUGUAACACUUCAGGAAGCACUCCAUAUGCAUUAGAGAAAGAUCAUUUAACAAAUAUUUAAUAAUUAAGGUAAAAAAAUUAUGCUGUAAGUGAAGAAAUAAGGACAAAAUGUAGUCUUCCCUCUACCUCUGACUCAUCAUGUGCUUAGACACUGUCAUUCAGUUACCAUUUAAACAUCACAGAAGACCAAUUAUUCUGAGCAAGUGAGACAGGGAACACGAAAGUGCAUGUACGAGUCUUUUGUUUGCUUGAUACAAAUGUUGCCUUUUCCUGAGAGUAUUAUAUAAAGUGUUGUUUUAACCAUUAGGUUGUAUUUGUUAAGAGUUAAUACAUUAGCUAACAUGAACUAACAAUGAGCAAUACUUCUAUAGCAUAUAUUAUUCUUAGUUCAUGUUAAUUUCAAUAUUUACUAAUACAUUUUCAAAAAAAAAUUAAGGUGUACUUGUUAAAAUUAGUUGAUGCACAUGAACGAACAUUGACAUUAAUUACCACUGACAAGGAUUAAUACAUGCUGAAAACUUUGUUGCUCAUUGUUAGUUCAUGUUAGUUAAUUCAUUUACUAAUGUUAUCAAAUACAACCUAAUUGUAAAGUAUUAGCCAUUUUUUAUAGGAUCUGUUUAGUAAACAACACCUUUUUGCUAACUGUAAUAGCGAAAAUCCAUCCAAUAGCUUCCGCAUACCCGCUAUUAAAAUGUUAAUUGUGCUCAACUCCUUAAGCCUUUCCAUGGUACAAUUGAGAGAUUUGUUGUUUACGUGGACUUUCCUUGGAUUGCAAAGCACCUGCUUUCCCCUUCAUUAGCAGCUAAUCUAAAUGUAGGAUAAAGUUACUUGGCUGAAUAAUCGCAAGAACACAUUCGUUUAAGCUGCAUUGGCUUUUUAGUCUUAGGAAGCUGAGCCAUUGGCAUCACAUUGGGCGUUAAGCACAUUUUGCUCGAUUUGUUCAUCAUAUGAUUGUACAGGAAGAUGUGGGGAAAAAUAGGCUUUUCAUAGGCGGCUCAGGAUUGCAAUGUCUUAACAAGAAUGACAGCUUUCAACCAUGCAUGCAAAUGCAGAUCCGUUAAGCGUUGGUGAAAGUCAUUACUCCUGACCCCACUGGCAAAUCUAGUGGCAUAUUUUUUUUUGGCCACGUGUUGGUGGAACUGACGUAAAAGCUGAAAUAAGGCAUAUGCCCGAGCCUCGCUUUACCUGACAAGAACCCUAGAGAGGAUGAAGGAAAAGCUGGUGGGGAAUAUGAGAUUAUCCCUCAUCACGUUUUGCCUCGGCAAGAAUCAGAGCAGUGACUUUGUACCUUGAGCAAUGAACAUAUUAUGAAAUAUCCCUGAUCCUGAAACUCAGCGGGGGCUUAGAAUUCCACCAAACCAAUGUGUUUAAUAGAGGAAAUUUUGUUGCCAUUGGGAUUUUGGAUGAAGUGCCGUUCAUGAAAUUAGAACUGUGUUUGUGAUUGCUUUCUUUGCUUUUAAAAAAAAUGUGAAGCCUAUACUAACCAAAUCUCUGAUUGUUUUUUGAAGCCUUUUGAAAGGAUGUGAUUUUAUUGCAACUAAUAAAAUGACAAAUAAUUCUAAAGCUAA